UGUCUCCACAUUUUUGACUGACACUGCAUAUUUGUUUAUAUAUUUAUUUGUGUAUUUAUUAUUAUUUUUAAUUGGUCUGUUUCUGAGGGUAAGCCAAUAUGAGCCGCUAGCCAAUCCUAGAGCAGUAGAGCAGGUGGGCGGGGCUUACCGGAAAACGGGCGCGGAAAAAACAACCCAGCACAGUCCAGCGGCGAGUCGCGGUGCUCCGUCUCGUUGACUUUCUCCUCCGUUUCUCUCCGUUUCUCCUCCGUUUCUCCUCGCUUUACCCAGACCGAGCUCCGUCCCGGGAUUUGGAGUGACGUCAGAGUUUAAUAUUUUAGGCUGCAAGCUCCAGAAUUUGUGUUUUAUUUUAUUUUUAUUGUUUAUUUUAUUCUAUUUUAUUUUAUUUCUAAUCCCAUCUCUGUCUCUCUGUCUAUCUCUCUCUCUCUGUCUCUUUCUCUCUCUCUCUCUGUCUCUUUCUCUCUCUCUCUCUCUCUCUCUGCUACACAUGUUGUGUUGUUUUUCUUAUAUAUAUAUAUAUACUUGCUGCACGGGAUCCUCUCUCCCUCUCUUCCUCUCUCCCUCUUUCCCCGUUUUUUCCGUGUGUUUUUGGAUGAAUGAAUGAGGGAAGGAGGGCGAAAGUCGAUCCGGGGCUCGAUGGCUCCACUGCGGAAAACGAGGGAGCAGCGUGCUGCUUAAGGACGUGGACGGGCUGAGAGCACCAUGUCUAUCCACAUCGUGGCUCUGGGGAGUGAGUGUCCAGGCGGAGUGGGGUCUGGAGAGGAUGCUGGCGGGCCGGGGCAGAUGCAGGGGGGUCUGCUGUGGAGCUACCUGGGACACGGAGCGAGGGAGCUGGACCCCAUGUCCGCCACUCCCUCCAGACAUCCGCUGAACCCGGCCUUCAUGGAGUACCAGUCCAGAGUGUUCGGAGAUGUUCGGGUGAUGGUGCGGGACUGCCCCAGCUGGGACUUGCUGGACAGUGAUUGGGCCAGCGUGCGGAGCGUCCUGGAACAGGCCGAUAUUUUGGUAAUUAAGUAUUCCGUCAAUGACAAGCUGGCCUUCCAGCAGGUGCGAAACGGAUACGCCCCGAGACUCCGGCCCCUUCUGCGCCACUGGGGCGUCCCUGUCAUCCUGGUUGCGGUGGGAGCGCGGCUCAACGAUGAAGGCCCCCCCUGCACGUGUCCCCUGUGCGCAUCUGACUGGAGCAGCUGUGUGCCUCACGGCGAGGGGCUCCAGCUGUCCCGGGACCUGGGGGCAACCUACCUGGAGCUGCCCUCGCUCAACAACUUCUUCGUGGGACGAUACUUCGGCAGUGUGCUCGAGUACUUCAUGAUUCAGUGUCUGAAGCAGAAAGCUAAAGAGAGACCGGACAAGAGGCGGGGUCACAGGUUUAACGAGCCCAGACCUCCCCACCUGGACCAACCAGCUCGCUUGCCCCCGGUGAGGGUGGAGGAGUCCAGUUUCUCUCAGGAUCUGCAGUGGCUGCUGGAGCGCGGGGUGCAGUUUGCAGACGUGGUUUUCUACGCCGGGGAUUCUGGGAAGGAGCUGGGCUGGGCUCACGCGGCCGUGCUGUGCGCCGUCAGCCCCUACUUCCGUCAGCUGCUGGUGGGCCGGCAGGGCUGGGAGCGGCCGGUGUCGAGGUGCGCCUGCAGGGAGAGAGAUGGCCCCCACUCGCUCCUCUCCACCUGGGACGGGGGCCUGGACGACCUGCCCCGGCCAGACGGGCACCUCCCCGGGCGCCUGAGUCGGCUGGUUGUGAAGGACCCGCUGCUGUGUUUAUGCCUGUGGGAGACGCUGAUGUUUCUGUACAGAGGAGCUUGGGAAUGGGAAUAUCUAGAGGAAGCCAUAGCGGAGAAGCUGAAGAACCCUUUAGCAGUGGCUCAGCUGAUGGAAAGAAUACGCUCGUUUGUUGGGAGAGAAAAGGGCACCAGGGACACGCCCACUGCUCGCUCCCAGCAAAGCCCUCAGACGCUGGGCAACCUCUUCAACUCCCCUCUAUACUCUGAUGUCAUUUUCAUGGUGCAAGGGAGUGUGUUACCGGCGCACAGGGCCGUUCUUGUGGCUCGCUGUGACGUUAUGGCAGCCAUGUUCAGCGGGAAGUACGCUGAGGCCCGGAGUCGAGUGGUACCCAUUCACGGGGUCUCCUCUGACACCUUCCUCUCAUUCCUGGAGUAUCUCUACACUGACACCUGCUGCCCAGCCAGUGUGUUGCAGGCUAUGGCUGUGCUGGUGUGUGCAGAGAUGUACCAGGUGAAGCGUCUGCAGCACCUCUGUGAGGUGUGUGUGUGCGCGUACCUGCAGAGCAUGCCCAGCCGAGAGCUGGCCUCCACCAGCAUCAGUGUGAUCCGCUUACUGAAGAGAGCAAAGUGCCACAACGCUGACCAACUGUAUGUCUGGCUCCUCCACUUCAUCGCCAACAACUACCUGAUCUUUAGCCACAAACCUGACUUCCUGGAGCUAUCAGAGGACGAGCGUGAGCAGGUGGAGUGUCUGCGCUGGCCCUCCAGAGGAUACCUGCAGGAGCUCAGCGAGUACCAGCAACGCCGCAGACAGCUGCGCAAAUCCCGCUGCAGCAUCAUGUGACCUCCCUCACGCAGCGUGCUGGAGACAGAGCGGAGAGAGAGAGAGAGAGAGAGCGGUGGAGUCAUGAACAAACACUCGAAAGAAGAGAGGAAUACUCGUAUUCUCUGUAGAGGAUGUUCGAUUUCAGGAAUUCUGAUGGAUUUUUUUGUGGAAACUGCAAGGAGAUUUUGGUGCAAUUCUGAUGGAAUUUUUAUAACAUUUUGAGGAAAAUCGAAUGAAAUUUUGCUUAAUCCCUGGAGGUUAUCUGGUAAACUUCCAACAGAACUGAUGGAAUAUGGUCAAAUCUGAAUGGAAUUCUACUUAAUGUGUUGGAAAUCUUCUGAUUAUCCAGUAAAAUUUCAAUGUAACUAUUGGAAUUCUACUGGAAGUGUUGGAAAUCUUCUGGUUAUUCAAUAAAUUUCCAAUGUAACUAAUGGAAUUCUGCUGGAAGGGUUGGAAAUCUGCUGGUUAUCCAGUAAAAUUCUGAUGUAACAAAUGCAAAUCUGCUUUUUAUCCAGUAAAAUUCCGAUGUAACUAAUGGAAUUCUGAUGAAAAUGUUGGAAAUCUGCUGAUUAUCUAGUAAAAUUCCAAUGUAACUAAUGGAAUUCUGCUGGAAUUCUUCUGAAAUGUUGGAAAUCUGCUGUUUAUCCAGUAAAAUUCUGAUGCAACUAAUGCAAAUCUGCUGGUUAUCCAGUAAAAUUCCGAUGUAAUAAUGGAAUUCUGCUGGAAAUGUUGGAAAUCUGCUGGUUAUCUGUUAAAAUUCUGAUGUUUUGGAACUCAACAUUCCAAAGGAACUGAUUGAAUUUUGGUGAAAUUCUGAUGCAAUUUAGAUUCUGAUGGACUGAAUUCAUGCAAACAUUGACCUCCAAUCCUGUGACAUCAGCAGGCAGUGUCACGCUGUCAGAGGGCCGGAGCGGACACUGUGGCCGCGGGACAUAACUGUGUUUUUCCUCAUGGUGCCGUACGACACUGCGCCUGCGCUUUAUGUACACGGAAAUAAACUGUGACUUCACACGGACAGCACUGACUACAGUAACUGUGUGUCUGUAGCCGGGUAGGUCACGGUCGGACUUUGGUCAGAAAGCUCGGUGGCUCGGUAAAGUCACUCAGAGCUAAAAUAAACAACCCCCAAAGUGUAAAACAGGGUAGGGUCAAUCUCAUCUCUAUAGAGAUCUCUCUCACAUCCUCAUGGUCAGCCAUGGUCCCUCACGGUGAGAAGUCCUUUACUGUGUGAUUACUCUUACAGAACAACUUGAAGAAUCACCUCAAAUCUUUAUUUUUUGCCAUGAGAUAAUUAUAAUUUUACGGUGAUGCAACUAUUUUUGUAACAUGUACAUCUGAGGUUUUUAUUUGGUGAAUAAUACUGUAUGUAUGCAGUGUGCAUCCAGCAUGUGGAUGGUUUAGUGGUCAGUCAGUCAGUCAGUGUGUUGGACGUAGGGCCUGUCCUGGCUGUCUUUAGUCUAGUGCAGUUCUGUUUAUCUUCAUCUCACACUGAAUAAAGACAUUUUAGAAGGA